AGAGAAACAAGUGGAAAAGAUGAUUGCUUUCCUGCUCUCUUUCCUUGCCGCCCUUCUGUGUGAAUCCGUCCACAGUGAAAACUAUGCAGUAGAAUGGUGCUAUAACGACCCAACAUGUAAUUUUACCACCUGGCCCGAAAUUGCUUCACAAUACUGCAAUGGAUCCAGCCAAUCUCCCAUUGAUAUUGUCACAGCACAAGUUCAGGGAAAUCCUAACCUGACCCAGUUUAAUUUAACUGGUUUCGAUGCCAACACCACCUUCAUAUCAAUCGCAAACUCUGGCUUCUCAGUGGUCGUCACCUUGGAUGAAGACAUAAUGUCAGUGCAAGGAGGGGAUCUUCCAGGUCUCUACGUUUCUAAACAGUUUCAUCUUCACUGGGGCAGCGGCAGCUCCUUGCCUGGAUCAGAACACACUGUGGAUGGCAAACAGUAUGCAAUGGAGCUGCACAUUGUGAAUCUCCAUUCAAAAUACAACGGCAAUCUUUCUGCUGCUCUGGCUGCUCAUGACAGCUCAGCGCUGGCCGUUUUGGGUUUCUUCAUUGAGGGAACCGAUGAAGCAAACAAAACAAACAGUUGGGACGUCCUAACAUCUUAUCUGACAAGCAUCCCUCAUUCAGGGAAUGCGACCGCAGACAUUAUGAAUCAAAUCACAAUGAACAGUCUGCUUGAAGGAGUGAACAAGACUAAAUAUUACCGCUACCAAGGCUCUCUGACUACACCACCUUGCAAUGAAGCUGUCAUUUGGACUGUGUUUAAAGAGCCCAUCAAAGUCAGUAACAACUUGAUCAACCGCUUCAGUACAAUGGUGUUUGCCAAAACUGCAAGUUCUUCACUUCUCAAUAUUAACAACUUCAGAGGAGUUCAGCCGCUGAAUGGCAGAGUGGUGACGUCUCAGGUGGAGCAAUCCGGGUCAUCCGCAGCUCCUUCAUCAGCCGCCACAUCCAUUUCAUCCCUCUCCCUAUUACUGCUCUUGACCAGUGAAGUCACAUGGCCCAUUAUUGCAGGAAAAUACUGUAAUGGCACUCAACAGUCUCCAAUAAACAUUGUAACUGCUAAUGUCAAGGCUAAUGCUAAUUUGACCUCUUUCACAUACAUCGGCUAUAAUGACAGCACUGCUUUAACUGUGAUUAGAAACACUGGCACAAGUAUUCAAGUUACGCUGGAUCAGAAGAAGAUGCGCGUAGCAGGGGGUAAUCUGCCAGGCCGAUUUGCCAGCACUGAGUUUCAUCUUCACUGGGGGAAUGGCAGUGCCAUGCCUGGAUCUGAACACGCUGUGAAUGGAAAACGAUUCCCAAUGGAGUUGCAUAUCGUGAACAAGCCUGUUCGUAACACCAGUGAUUCAUUGGCAGUUCUUGGUGUCUUCAUUGAGGCCUCUAAUGAAACUGGGAAACCUGAGAGCUGGAAGACUUUAUCGUCGUAUCUUACAAGGAUUGUCAAUGCAGGUGAUAAAGCAAACCUUUUCAGAAACCUCUCCAUGGAUGAUCUGCUUUCUGGAGUGGACAGGACAAAAUAUUACCGGUAUUUGGGCUCUUUGACCACACCAAACUGCAAUGAAGAUGUGAUCUGGAGCAUCUUCAAAGACCCAAUCAGAGUCAGCAGAGAUUUGAUUGACGUCUUCAGUACAACAGUCUACAUCAACAACUCCAGCAACUCUCCUCUAAUGACCAACAUUUUUCGGUCAGUUCAGCCAGUCAAUGGCAGGAUUGUAAUGUCACAGGUAGCAGGGACCAAAACUCCCGGGCUUCUAAAACCAACAUCCGUUGCCGAAAAACUAUCCCAGUCUCUGAUGUGCCCCAUCCUGAGUCUCACAUUCCUGUACUGCGUUCUGGCAUUCUUGUAAAACCGAUUAACUCUUGGAAAUGGUGGGAUAAAAAUAGACUAUUCAAUUUGUUAAUGUAAAAAAAAAAAAACCACGUCACUUGUCCUUAUGUUAGAGCUGGUUGAAUGUGUAUUUCUUAAUGUUGUUGUUGUUGUUGUUGUUGUGGAAAGUUUUCAGUGUGUUUUGGCAAAGUAUUAGUUCAUUGCUCAACUCUUUUUCUGCAGCAGUUUUGUAAAGGGACAAAAUGAUUGAGUGCUAAAGGUCUUGAUGUAGUGAUGGGUGGUUUUUAGACAUUUGAUUUUUGUAUGCAUGGGGUUUUAACGCUGUUGUAUGAACUCUUAACAUUUUAUUGCAUGCUUUGCGGAUUGAAGUGGUGUGUGUGUG